AUGAUGAAAUUCAGCAGCUUUGAUUUCGACGACAAACAAAAAAGAUGGAUUGUGAUUGGAAUCACAUUAAACAGGCUUCUGUUACCGGUUCUCCGUGACUUUGCUGGUAAGGAACUUUUUAAACACUACACGUCAUUGAAGAGCGCCUAUGGAGUAGAUGCACAGGGUUACUCCACUCACAUGAAGAAAGAUGGAUCAUUUGAUUUAAACUAUGGCAGCAUUAACAACAAUUGGGGAACAUUCAAGAGAAAGGUGCUUCUGUAUGAUUACAAAGUGACGUCGGCUGAGGAUCUGGCCAAACUUUAUCUUGAACCACACAUGGCCAAGUUUACAGGUUUUGAUGGCACAUGCGACUUGUCAGCAGUAUUGGGAAUGCUGGCCAAUUCAUCCGUGUUUCACACUCGCAUCCAAGCAAAUGCUAGGGAUGUACGUUCCAAAGUAAGAAAUGAGUGGGGACACUGUAACUUUGAUCACUGGAAUGAACCAGACUUCAGCUACAGUUUCCAACUCAUGGAGACAUUGAUUCGUUCUUUGGGCCUUCCAAGAGCCGAUGAAGACCAAGUAUGUGAUGAACUUCAGGAGUGGGAAACCAAGGUCAGCAUUGAGGUAACCAACUUAGCACAAAACUUAGAGGCCAUUAAGAAAUCCAAUGCUGAUGAAGCCAAGAGGAUAGGAGAAGCUCUUCAAGACGCCACAGAUGAAAUAACCAAGUUUGAUAAACGUAUAGCGGGCAUAGAAAGGCGACUGACAGAAGAGCAUCAGGCGCAAACAGACAAGAACAAAGAAUUCUCAUCAGCAAUUGAAGAUAUUUCUAACAACAUAACUAUAAUACAGGGACACCAAGAUACAAAUAAACGAAACAUCUCCUUGUUAGAAGAAAGGCAUAAUGAGCUAGAAUCAGCUGCAACCUCUUUAAAAGAAGGACAGGGUGCACUUACCUCAAAGGUGGAGGCUUUAGAGUUUGGACAAACUCAGUUAGAUUCUCGGCUGAAAAAGUUAGAAGAAGGUAGUGCCAUUGCCACUGUCAAUGCUGAAAUUUUGCAUCUGCCAAGUCGCAAUCAUUGCUUUUGUGGUCGCAAAGGUGAGCUACAAACAAUCGCUGCGCUAUUGAAAAAUAUUGUGCGAGGUUGUUCAGAAUCAGCUAUUUGCGGUCUUGGAGGUGUAGGAAAAACAGCUCUUGCGGUCGAGUAUCUCUGGCGACAGAAAGACAAGUAGGAAUAUCCCGGUGGUAUUUUCUGGAUUUCGGGCGAAAACAACAACCUUUUCCAGCUGUCUGUCAGCGAGAUGGCACGUCAAGUUGGAACUUUUGAUGACAAAGACUUCUCCAAUUCGCUGUCAAGAACCUUGGACUGGUUGAGAAAGCGUGAACAGCUGUGGUGUCUAGUGGUUGACAAUCUGGAUGAGUUAGAAAUGUCCAUGGAUAUGCAGAAGUUGCUUACUGGUCACUGGAAACAAGCCGCCCGUGGUCAUAUCAUCAUAACUACAAGAAGAGAAGCAACGGAAAUCGGAGAAGAAACAGGAAUCGAAGAAAGCUCUUGUAUUGAGUUGAAAUGCUUCACAGAGAAGGAGGGAGUUCAAUUUUUAAAAUCAAGAAGUGGAACAGUCGGAGAAGACAGUGAUUUCCGCGAGCUGGUUAAAGAGCUUGGUGGACUGCCUUUAGCUCUUGAUCAAGCUGCUGCUUAUAUCCGGUCCCUUCGCCGGCCUAUCAAAGAAUAUCUGAAGAAGUAUAAGAAACAAAAGAUGCUUCUCUUGAAGAAGAAGAAGGCUCGUAAUCUGGUGGAAGAAGCACUGAAUCUUUACACGAGAGCUAUUGCUUUGUGGCUGAAUGACCACAAGCUGCUUUGUAACAAGGCCCUCUGCCAUUUGAAACUUGGAGAACCAAGAAAUGCUCUGGAAGAUUGUCAGAAGUGCCUUAUUCUAAAACCUGAUUACAGCAAAGCCCUUCAACGAAAAGCUUGGGCUCUGCAAGAACUUGUUGAAGGUGGAAAUAGUGAGCUUGAAGGGCAGAAACGUGCAGCAAUAGCAGUGGCCCUUUACUUCGAUCCCAGUCUUCGCGAAGAUAAAAAGUUUCGUUACUGGUGUCCCGACGUACCAGGGCUUCGCUUCAGAGAGAUAAACAAUGAAACUGAGCUGACGUCUGCUUUGAAGACGACUAAUGGAGACGAAACCUUGCUGUUGCAUGAAGGAGAGUACCAUUUGACUUCCUUUAAAACAUUAAGGGACUUUCAGAUUGUAGGUCUUGGACCCAAGAUUUACUUGAACUGUGCUAAGAUGUGCGCAAUUGUUAACGCCAAAUGUUAUUUUGAAAAUAUUGUGUUUCCUGUGGGGAACGCUGUUCUCGGCUGCCUCGGAAACAAUGGAGCUGUACACCUAAAUCAGUGUGAGGUUUCAGGAGGAGGGAAAAGUUGUGCGGACAUACCAGACUGCAACGGAGGACCAGGCUGUGUGGCGCCAUCUUUGGGGAAGCCUGCUUGUGAUCGGACAGGAAAUUUUGGUAAUUUUAAACCGGAGUCGGGCAUACCCGGCUCUCCGGGAGUCGGGAUUUCAGAAGGGGCUUCUGGAUUGAUUGAAAAUUGUGUGAUUUGCCAUUGUGGAGGCGGAGGUGCUAUUGUGGCUGGAAAAGGUUCUGAAUUACUGGUAAAAAACUGUGAGGUGUACAAGAACCACUUAGCUGGAUUAGAGGCAAGAGAAGGAGGAGAACUUGACGCGCUCGGAAACAAAGUAUUCGGCAACGGUUAUCACGGUAUUUUGAUUUGGAAACUCUCUGGGAAAUGUGACGUCGAUGGCAAUAAGAUUUUCGAAAAUGCAAAAGAAGGGAUCAUCGUUGGCAAUACAAAGGAAAAAAUUGCCCUACAUAACAACAGCAUCCAUCACAAUAGACCCUUUGGUAUUUCCCUUCAUAACAGUUCUCAAUUGUCUAUCAACAACAAUGAGAUUUUUGAGAAUGGAUUCUGGGGAAUCCUCGCUAAGGGGCGUACAUCGGCACACAUAGCAGGAAACGAACUCAUUGGUAACAAAUGUGGUGGAAUUUUUAUUGGUGUCAAUUAUUCUGGCAGGGUUAUUCUGAAGGAAAAUACUGUCAGAGAUCACAGUGGCCCUUGGCUUGAGAAUGAAUUCAAAAAGGGUAGCCCGAGAAUGGAUUACAGUUUACUUGACGACAAUGAGAUUGAUGCUCUGGGUUUUGACCUUCCGGAGGGUGAAAAGCAUUACUAUUCGACGCCUCCCAUUUUGGCAGAAAAUAAACAUUUUAACAACGAGGAAGGCUUGCAUCACCCCAGAGAGGUGGCUGAACGACUUUCCAGCGGCUGCACUUAUUGUCGUCGCCGAGAAGACAAAAAAGUGCGGUUUUUGAAGUGCCCAGGAUGUCUCAUUGCGUCCUACUGCAGUAACGAAUGCCGCCGCAACCACCGAGUUAAACAUGAGACACUAUGUUUGGCUCUUAAAGCUCGUUAUGCUGUGGACGUUGACUGUGUUCACCUAGCUGAGCGAGGAUUUUUAGCGAGGCUGCGGGUGUUUGGCUCUCACUUAGUGGGAAUUGGAGAGGGUCCAAAACCAGAACCUAACAGGGAGUUCAUCGUCAAAAUUCAAACACAAACUCUCAACAGCCACCCACUGCAGUUGCUGACGCUUUACGACCAAAGUGUUACGAUAGAUUGUGUGAUACAAAGUCCAGAAAUCUUCAACGUGAUAAUGGACUGUGGCGUUCUUGGAGGGUUAAACAAGUUUACAAGCAAGAAAUGUUUUUUCUGGGCCAUGUUUACUGAGUCAGGAGGAAAGCUGACAAUAUAUCUCGAUCACUUGGCUCCCUAUCAGAAAUGGUAGAGGUCCUAGAAUAGUUUAGAUGUCAAAGUUUCUCGCAGUACAUGAAAUACCCUUAAGAUUUUAAAUACUGCAUCUUUUUUUUUUUGAGGAGUCAAGCAGUCACCAAUAGUAGUCAUUUUGACCAAUACUCUUUCAACACACACGAGUCAGUAGCCUUAGCUUCAGGUUUUUUGGUACAAUUAAAUGCGUCAUUGUGUGAUUAAAAUCUUUUAUUACCUCACAAGAACUUCAAGAACACAACCAAGCGGCUGAGAUUAUGAAAAAUUAGUGUGCUAUAUAUAAUUCGUAUGACAACGAGCGCCCUGCGUAGCAGUUCAUUUCCGUUUCCGAACAAAGCGGCUGGUUGCGCGAUGAAGAAGGGAUCACAUAGUGCGUUUCAAGUUCGCAACUUGAAUUUUACAAUUUUGUCAUUUAGUUUAUCUCAACAAAACAUUGAACAGAUGUCGUUGUUUGACAGAUGUGAUUCUUAAGAAAUGAGUAACUAUGAACGCAUAGUACAUGAUAAGAAUUUAUUCCCCUAUUUUGCGGUGCAGUGUCGAAGUGGAAAGCUGGCCUUGUGUAAAAUACUUUCCAAUACAAUGUACUAAAGAAUUAAACUUCAACGGUCGGUGGUCAGUUAA